UAAUAAUGAGAAAUCCACAGUUUCUAAGCUACAACAUGAGCCGUCGGAUAAAAAAUAUGACCGUUAUAGACUCUUUCUUCUAUAUCUGUUUGACUCAAAACCCUCGCUCCUCUUGUUCGAAUCAAACAAAAACCCGCCCCGCAUUCUUCACUGAUACUGUAUUCAUUUCGCCGCAGCCAUGUACCAGUCGUCAUCAACAAUGAAAUCGCGCCUCCGGCCACCGCGUCCGAUACCUAAAUCUCCAACUCGUGUUGCAACUCGAACCAUCCCCGACUCUGUCUCUCUUCAAACUCCACCAGGUUCUUUGAUGAAAUCUCAAAAACCAGUUCGAUCUCCCGAACAACUGCGACCUGAAUACCGCACAAUUGCUUGUGAAUUUAGGGCUUUAUCAAAGAUGGUUAAUAACCAAUUCGGAAAGCCAGAUCCAGAAGAAGCUGCUUUCACCGAUUCUUGUAACGCUAAAUCAGGUGUUUUAUUUCAGAGAGGAAGAUUGUAUGAUGAAUAUUCUGCAAGAAGGAACGAAAGGCUAAAGAGAAAACAAGAAAUCACGGUGAAUGAAGUUAAUACUACUAGUAUUAAGCCACCUAAGGUGCCGCCUUCUCAUCGUGCUCUCGGUGUUAAUGUUGAAUCUGGAAAGAAGAUUAAUACCGCGAGAAAACUCGGAAGUCUUAGAAAAUCGGUUUCUGCUGCUUAUUCUGCUGAGGUUAGUGAAACUCCAAGGUACAUGCUUAGAAGCAGGAGUAAGGAUAAUAGUAAGAAACCUCCUCUAGCUUCAAGAAUGGAUAAAUCUGCUGCUGUUGGUGAGAAGAAGAUUGGAGCCACACCUAGAAGAACAGGAAGAAUUUCAUACUAUUAGGGUUGAUUUAAAAUGGAGGAGGACCUGAUUUAAUAAGAUGUCUCGGUUGAAUCUUGUUCUCUGUUAUGUAUUUUACUUUUAUUCAAUGGAAGUUGAGACAUUUUCUGUGUGUGAUAUGAUUUAGACAUUCUUGAUUGUGGAAAUAUAUUUUUCAUUCUUGAUUGCA